CCCGGGAAAGGUUCCAUUCCUGGGGGAUAGAGGGCUGAGUUUUGUUCUCUUGCCUCCAUUCUGCGAGACGCUAAAGGGGCCCCCUCGCAAUCGCAGCCUAUUCCUCCGCGCUCCUCAUUGCCCCGUUUGUUUGUCUUUUUGGAGCACAAGUCCUGGAUUCAGCGGUGUCCUGAAGAUUUUUUUUAUAAAGAACAUUUUUUUAUUUUUUUUUUUGCUGGUGUGUUUGGACUUUUUUUUUUUCCCUUCUGCUGUUCCUGAUGCAGUUGAGCUGCGAUGACUCCACACUGAGAUCUUCCACCGACACUAACAGCGGAAAGAUUAUUGAUUGUGCCUGAGUUUAGCGCUGCGCCUUCUGCCUGCGCCUCUCCCUCUCUCCAUGUAACCGCUGGCAGCCGCUGCGCUUCUCUCUAUCUGCUGCCAAUCCGGGACGCGUUGAAGAAAACAGGGGAACCAAAAAAAAAAAAGCGACACUUGAAAAAACUGGGCUUUUCUCCUAACUCCAACCUGGGGAGUCAAGUGAUCGAAUAAAAAGGUUUCCCAUCGCCAAGGAGGCAGAGACACACACACAUUACAAUUUAUUUAUUUUUUUAUCUCUCUUUCUGUGAUUGCCAUAAUUUUUUUUUUUAUUUUUGGUGUGUGCGUAAAUUUCCUCCAACUCGGAAACCGUUUGGCAGGAGCUGGUUUCGCCCAAAUUUGUUUUAAUGUUUGGGAUUCAGGAAAAUAUACCAAGAGGUGGGACGACCAUGAAAGAAGAACCGCUGGGAGGUGGGAUGAAUCCAGUCCGGUCAUGGAUGCAUACAGCAGGGGUAGUGGAUGCUAACACAGCAGCCCAAAGCGGCUUGGGGCUGGCUCGGGCACAUUUCGAGAAGCAGCCGCCUUCCAAUCUCAGGAAAUCCAAUUUUUUCCACUUCGUCCUAGCCCUGUACGACAGACAGGGGCAGCCGGUGGAGAUUGAGAGGACAACUUAUGUGGACUUUGUGGAGAAGGACAAAGAACCAAACAGCGAGAAAACGAACAAUGGGAUUCACUACAAACUGCAAUUAUUGUACAGCAAUGGAGUCAGGACAGAACAAGAUUUGUACGUACGGUUAAUAGAUUCAAUGACCAAACAGGCAAUUAUCUACGAAGGACAAGACAAAAAUCCCGAAAUGUGCAGAGUUCUCUUGACACACGAAAUUAUGUGCAGUCGGUGCUGCGACAAGAAAAGUUGUGGCAACAGAAACGAGACCCCCUCAGACCCUGUUAUCAUUGACAGAUUCUUCCUGAAGUUUUUCCUGAAAUGCAAUCAGAACUGCCUGAAAAAUGCAGGGAAUCCGAGGGAUAUGCGAAGAUUCCAGGUUGUUGUAUCAACAACAGUCAAUGUGGAUGGCCAUGUCCUGGCUGUCUCAGACAACAUGUUUGUACACAACAAUUCCAAACAUGGGAGGCGGGCGCGCCGUCUAGACCCCUCAGAAGGUACGGCCCCUUCUUAUCUGGAAAAUGCAGCUACCCCCUGCAUAAAAGCGAUCAGCCCUAGUGAAGGAUGGACAACUGGAGGAGCUACGGUGAUCAUUAUAGGCGAUAACUUCUUUGAUGGCUUACAAGUGGUUUUUGGAACCAUGUUGGUGUGGAGUGAGCUGAUAACACCCCAUGCCAUCAGAGUUCAGACCCCACCAAGGCACAUUCCUGGCGUUGUUGAAGUAACUCUUUCCUACAAGUCGAAGCAGUUCUGUAAAGGCGCGCCUGGCCGAUUUGUCUAUACCGCUCUGAAUGAACCAACCAUAGACUAUGGAUUUCAAAGAUUACAAAAAGUCAUUCCAAGGCAUCCAGGGGACCCAGAACGGUUACCAAAGGAAGUACUAUUGAAGCGAGCGGCAGACCUCGUCGAAGCCCUCUAUGGAAUGCCACACAACAACCAGGAAAUAAUCCUAAAACGAGCAGCUGACAUUGCUGAAGCAUUAUACAGUGUGCCACGCAAUCACAACCAGAUCCCUUCACUUGCCAACACUCCAUCUCACAGCGGGAUGAUGGGAGUAAACUCUUUCAGCAGCCAGCUAGCAGUUAAUGUUUCAGAGACCUCUCAAGCUAAUGACCAAGUAGGUUACAGUCGCAACACAAGCAGUGUUUCUCCACGAGGAUACGUCCCCAGCAGCACUCCACAACAAUCUAAUUACAGCACAGUUAGCAAUAGCAUGAAUGGCUAUGGAAAUGCUGGCAUGCCCAACUUAGGAGUUCCUGGAUCACCCGGAUUCCUUAACGGCUCUUCGGCUAACUCUCCUUAUGGCAUAGUGCCGUCAAGCCCUACCAUGGCAGCCUCUUCCGUCACCCUCCCUUCAAACUGUAGCAGUACACACGGCAUUUUCUCAUUCUCACCUGCCAAUGUCAUCUCUGCAGUAAAACAAAAGAGCGCCUUUGCUCCCGUUGUCAGGCCCCAAGCUUCCCCUCCACCAUCUUGCACCAGUGCAAAUGGAAAUGGACUUCAAGAAUCUGGAGAGGAAGAUGGUUGGGGAGGGUAUACUGCAUGCAAGGGAGGUGGCAUCUCCUUCUAUUUUCCAUUUGGAGUUUGCUUUGAGAAUGGCACAAAACACCAGAGGCUUCAUGAUACAAAAUCUAUGUCCGGUCUUGUAGUUCCACCAAUGUAAAGUCACUUUUGUCUACUUGCUUGUAGCAUCAAGCUUCAGAAGAAAGCUUCAGGGGACACAUUUAGUCUAUUAAAGGAUCACUGAAGGAAUACGGUAUCUUCAGAGGAAAAAAUCAUCGAGACAUUAAAUGCUACAAACAGUUUGUUUAAAGAUUUUAUUUGAACUAUAAGAAACCAACAUGCAAAUGAGCGACUUCUUCAUGAACAAUUCCAUUUCCUCAACCUGAACUUUUCUCAUAUUUUCACAUUUCUCAAUCCUGAAGAUCAUGGGGAAAAGCAACGCCUAUUUUGUAUAAAGUUUCUGAUUACGUCUUGGCUAUGUCUAGUACUUGCUAUGUGUUGGGAGAACUCUGUGGAUGCACCAUUUUGAACAUCACGAAACACUGAUGAAAAAUGCCUCAGAACGUUUUUCUGUACUCAUAAUUAGACUCACAAUGGUUGUGUAUCUCUAUAAUGUGAAAUAUUUUUUUUUUUUUUUUUGGUGAAAAAGGGGGCCAAGGAGGUAUGAGCCAUCAAACUGGAAAAAAAGUAUAUGAAUCAUUUAAAUCUGGGUAACUGGGGUGGGCCAAGGGAUUAUCAUUGCUUAACUUCAUCUUAAUGAACUUUGUAACUUAUUGUAGUUAGAAAUUGUAACUUUGAUAUUGAAUUCUCUUGCCUUCAACAAGCACACUGACAGAAAAAAAAUGCUACUGUCUGUUGGUUCAAAUAUACGUCCACUGCUAGAGCUUCCUGUUUAAGCAAGUGAUAUCUGCAACAUUUUUUCAACUUAUUGCUAGCACUGUAUACUAUUGCAUUCUUAGGCUACUGUGAAGUCUAUGUUUCUUGUACCAGAAAAUUGUCCUUUUAACUUCUAGAUCCUUAUUCCCUAAUGUGUUUUGUAUGUGGUUAUAAAAUUGUAGACUUUUGUGAUUUUGCCAAAGUUGUAGCUAAAUAUUUAUACACUUGUCUUGAAUUUUUUUCAGCUCCACUUAAUAUUACAAAGGCAGAUUUUAUUCCUUAUGCUUAUUUGGUAAGGAAUAAAAUGGUCUUUUCCAUUGAGACACUUUCUUUCACAUGAACACUUGCAGUCACUAAGGGAAUUUAUUUUGUAACAUAUCAAUUAUAAAUAUUGUAUUUAUCUUUUAAAUUUUGUAUAUUGCUUUCCAUCAUUUUAUUUUAUUAUUUUUUUAAUGUUGUUGUUG